AAAACAAAAUCAUUAAUUUGCACCAUGGUUAUUUUGAUUGUCAAUUUUUUGUCUUUGUUCAUCAACGUCGCGUUGUCAUUCGAGAAUGGCUCAGAGCUGCGAACUUUCAAAUCAUCCAACAUUCCAGUAUCGACUGUUACUACUAUCAAAGACGAAUGCUUCGAAACGUUCCGGAUCGUGGGUGGUAAACCGGCAAUCAUCGAGGAGGCACCCUACCAAGUGUCAAUUCGAACGUACCUUUCUGCGGAUUGGAAAACGAACGUCCACUGUGGAGGAUCGCUAAUUUCCGCGAAAGCCGUUCUCUCGGCCGGACACUGUUUUGGCAGGAAAGCCCAGUCUGUCAAUCCGAGACUAUACCUGGUAGUGUUGGGAAGUGCCCACCGAAUUUGGCAAUCGACUAGUUCACACCGAAGAGGCGUUCGUUUGGUGACCGUCCAUCCGAGGUUUCGCAUGGCUCCAACGGUGCAGCAUGAUUUGGCUCUGGUGAUGAUGGAUCGAGAUGCUAGUGAAACAUCUAGCAUACAGCUUGUUGCUCUUCCGGUGAAACCCGUCACCGAGGAAACCAUCUGCAUCGUCACGGGAUGGGGUAGACAGGAUUUUUAUGAAGUUCGUAAACCGACUUGUCUAAUGAAAGCCAUCAUUCCGGUGCUCAAUUUGGCUGAGUGCCGAAAACGGCAGACCAUUCCAAUCGCAGAUGGCUUUAUCUGUGCGGGUUUUUUCGAAGGCGGAAUUGAUGCUUGCACCGGUGAUUCCGGAGGUCCGCUGGUUUGCAACGGGGUCCAGUACGGAAUCGUUAGUUAUGGUAAAGCGUGUGCCGAGCCCAAUCAUCCCGGCCUGUACACGGACGUGUAUCACUAUGUGGAUUGGAUUCGGCGGGAAGUUGACCGCAAUGGUUCCAAUUUAAAGCUGUUAUCCUUUUGUACCAUUCUGCUAACGGUGGCGAUAAGACUUCUGAUUGAAGUUUGAAACGAAAUGGAAAAAUAU